CUCAAGAGACAGCUAGCCCUAUACUGCACAUUGCUAUACGGCCAAACCCGCUAUAUACACAGAAAGCCAUCUACUCGGAUCUAACGACCGUACACACCACACCUACCUCCAUCCACCAUGGGAUCCAGCUCGAAGAAAAAGAAGGAAAAGCAGAAGGACUUCCAAAAAGCCAAACUAAAAGUCGGCAAAGCGAAAGGCAAGCCCGAAAACUUCACAGACACAAGCUUCAAAUCCAAAGGAAUCGUCCUAAACCAACAAUCCCUAACACUCAACGCCCCAACCUCCAACACACAAUUCACCCACCAUGUCUCCCUCCUAUCGUCUAAAUCCGACUCCCAACGCCGCGACUCCCUCGCCCACCUAACAACCGCCAUCACCUCGCGCCCCGUCACCUCUCCCCUCCCGCAACCAGUCAGCGUGAUCCUUCCCACACUCCUCCCCCUCAUCCUCGAUGCAAACACCGGCGUCCGCACCCAACUCCUCAAACUCUUCCGCGCCCUCCCCCCCUCCGACAUCCAAGACCACGUCCCCCAACUCCUCCCCUACAUCCGAGCCGGCAUGACCCACCUCGCAGCCGACAUCCGCGUCUCGGCUGUCGAAACCCUCUCCUGGCUCCUCUCCGCAGCCGGCACGGAAGUUGUCUCCUCCGCCGGCGGCUGGAUCAAGACCCUUAACUGCUUCCUCUCCGUCCUGGGAUGGCACACCGAGGAAUCAGCCAAGUGGUCCGCGAGCCGGGCCUCGUUCGGAAAAUCCGGAGCGAAGGGCCUGCCCAUGAUGAAGGUUAUGACUGUUUUGGCGGAGUUCUUGGACGCCGGGAUUGGGGCGCCGGCGGAGGAGAAGUCGGGUGUUGAUAUGCUGGGGUCGAACGCUGGAGUCUUGGGGUGGGAGUUCCCCCUUUGUUCGACGGGGGUGCAUAUGAUUCCGGAUACGGCUGCGCCGUAUGCUUAUCUGAAUUUGUUUGGGCAGCCGCGGGAUGAGGAAGGGGAGAUGUAUGAGACAUGGGAGGAUCGGUAUCGGGUUUUUGCGAAUCGGUUUUUGCCGGCUAUUCAGCGCGGGUUGGAGAAUGCGAGGCAGGAGGGGGGUGAGCUCGGACGGGCUAGUUCGGGGGCGAGUAAGGUGUUGAAGGAGGCUGUUGCUUAUGGGAGGGGGAUUGCGGUGUGAAUGGGUGGGUUGUGGUGAUAUGCUACGUCUUUACUCAUGAUGUUGGGACUUCUCUGAGGGAGAGAGACAGAGCUCUGCGAUUUACGCCGAUCUCGCCAAAGCGGGAUAGAGGACCGGCAACCGCGCUUUGCUAUUCGACGUUCAAGUGCAGUUGCGCAUCAGGACCUCACAGUCUAUAUACUUGC